GUAAGGGCAAAGAGCAUAGAAUCACCAUCAUUCUAAGCUCUUUGAGCUGAGGUGCAGUGUAAGAUGGCUGUUCCCUUCUCCAACACACACCUGCGCAUCCCAAGAGGCUUUGGGAAUUUAUUAGAGGGUCUUACCAGAGAAGUGUUGAGAGAGCAGCCGGAGGACAUCGCCACUUUUGCUGCUGUCUACUUCACAGAGCUGCUUAAAGCCAGAGAAGAAAGUGGUCUAGACCCAGCAGAGUGGGGUGCCAAGUUGGAAGACAGGUUCUACAACAAUCACUCUUUUAAGGGCACAUCAAUACAAGGAAACAUCAUUUCAUCCAAAAUAAACACAAGAAUCAACGCAGAAUCGAGUUCUGAAACUUUGGGAAACAGCGAGACUCAGCUCUCUGCAUUAAAAGACCCUGACACUAAUAAUUCAGUGCGCAGUGAGGUCAAGUUAGAUAAGAAGCUUGUUGAGGAAUCUGGUGAGAGGGAACAUGGACAUGCUGAAGAUAUUCUCCAUGCAGAAACAGCAGAUGGUGAUAUACGUGCUGAAGAGCUGAAAGACCCCAAUGAGAUUCCAGAAGAAACAUCAAAGGUUGCAAAAGAAGCCGUAGAUAUUGAUAUCUGCAGAUCCGAACUUGAGCCUACACCUCUGCCUUCAUUUGGUGGCCUUGCAAAUGUGGAUGUUUGUGCUGAAGAGAUAAACCUCCCGUCUGAAUCCAGCGAGAGCAAAGGAGAGCUGGGAAGCCCAAAACCAUCGCUCCUGAAUGAAGACCACUCUGAAUCACAAGACGAAAUACAUUCACACAUUGAACAAGAUGCAAGCAAACAAGCUAAUGAAAUGUCUGAUCAUGAUGAUGAUGAUGAUGAUGAUGAACAUGAUGAUACUGAUGCUGAAGAUCCUGAAGAGGGAGUCUCAGAAAUUGCUGAUAAUUUAUUAGAAGACAUUGACCCAGAAGAGAAGAGCACUGAGCAGGUUUAUGCAGAAGAAUCAGCUGAAAGCACCAUUGAAAAAUACAUAACUGAAAGUGUUGCGGGGCAGGAAUCAGAAGAUACAAUCAAUGAAGAUCAAGAAGAGAGCAAUUAUGAGUACACAAGCACCAAUGACUUUGUUGAAGAUGCAGGCGAUUUAACUUCUGAUAUCAAUAGCCGAUCACUGAUGGAAAUAAAAGACACUUACGAUGACUACAGUGAUAAAAUACAUGACAGUAAAAGUGAAGUCGUUGAUGUCCUAGAUGAAGUUCACCAUCAGUGCGACACUCAUACAGGUGAGGAUGAAGCUGAUAACAGCAGUGACGAAGAGAAUACUUCUAAAAUUAUCGAUGUGUUAAAUGAGGAAGACUUUUUGGAAACUCCAAAACCUGUUUCCCAAUUGAACGACAGUGAAGCUGAAGCAAGCAAUGAGAUUUUAAAUGCUGACGCUUCUGAGAAAGAUCUAAACACAGAGAAUGUAAAUGAAGGAAGUGAUCUUGACAGUGAUGGCUCUGAGGCUGAAGAGAUAGAUCUGGACAUUUCAAAUGUGCUUCAGCCAAAUAUGGAAAAAACUGAGGAUGAGGAGGAUGACGGAAAUCAUGAUGCCGAACCAGAGGAAGAUGCUUUCUCUGAAGUGGAACAAGCCGAUCCUGAGUCUUUAGAGAAUGAAAUGGUGGUUGUCAGUGAAGAACUUCCUGAGUCACAAGAACAGACUGAAAAUACUGAGAAAGAUGUAGAGCAAGAGGAUCAGUUGGAAGAGCAAAGGGAUAAAAGCCAAGAAAUGACACUUGAAAGUGAAAACCUGGACAAUACUGACAGCUCUGAACCAAAGGAGGAAUGCAGCCAGCCACAAGAGGAAGAGGACAUUAUGGACAUCCCAUUGGAUGACCCAGAGGCCAAUAAAGCGGCCGCCAAAAUUCAGGCCGGCUUCCGUGGUCAUAUGACCCGGAAGAAGAUGAAACCAGGCGAAAAGCCCGGUGAGGAGGUGAGCAGCAGUGGUGAGGCCCUCAACGGCAGCCAAGGGGACUCAGCAGGAGGAACAGACGGAGUAGAGACAGACGGCACAUCUGGACCAGAACAGUGAAGACCCUUCUCAAGGUGGACGGCUUACAGGAUGCUUUCUCCAGGGAUUUUUUUUUGUGUGUCGAAAAAAAAAGUAGUAAAAAUAGGCUGGAUAUGUCAUCUGAUGUGUGAACUUUUUCUCUAUUCUCCGCUUCGCAUCCAGUCCAGGUCAAUAUCAGCUCCAGCAUGCUUUUGCAUCCCAACAAAAAAGGCAUCUAUAUACUGUAUAUUUGAUAUUUAUAUGAAUCUGAGAAUGAAUGGUGUAGAAUUUAACACAAGCUUCUUCAGUCCGAGUUACAAUAAUGCAUCAUGAUUGAGUUUUGUGUUGCUUGAUCUUCCUUUCCUAUAGUAAUUUCUUUAUGAUCGCCUGGAUUUGACCAUGUAGCCACUAUCACAAUAAGAUGUGAAAUUUAUUUAUCGGUCAUAAUGUAGAAUGCAAGCAAGCUGUUUUUUAAUUGUGUUGAAUGGUUUGUUUGGUUUGCUUCUCGUAUUAUGUUGAAAAUGAAAUCAGAGCUUCCAAAGCAGCAUUAAUGGCAUGGCAUAGAUUGACUAUCAUUUAUUUUUCUUGGUUUUAAUUCGUACAAUUAUCUAUCCUUAGUCUUUUAAGGUAUAGCGCAUAUCAUUAGAAGCCUAGAAAUUGAGUUGUGGCAGCUUAAUGAGCGAUAGCCGAGAUCACCUUGCAUGUUGACAUCAGCAUCAUUAAGCUCUGUGUUAGUUGAAAAGCGAAUAAAAGCUGAGAAAUGUG